AUGCCACCUAAAUACGCUUUAAUCACCGGUGCUUCUUCUGGUAUUGGAUAUAAUCUUGCCAUUGAAUUAUCGAAAAAAGGUUACAAAGUCAUUGGAUGUUCCCCACAACUGGUUUUAUUUGGCCAAAAGCCAUUAGAACAAGAAUAUGGUGUCAUAUCCCUUCCAUUAGACGUCACAAACAUUGAUAAUAUCAAGAAUGUUCUUAAAAAAGUGGAAGAAAUAACCGGAGGAAGAUUAGAUGUAUUGUAUAAUAAUGCUGGUAUAUCUAUUUCAGGUCCAGCAAUUGAGAUUGACGAGGAAGAAUUGAAUAAAGUUUUCCAAGUCAAUGUAAUUGGUCAAAUCAAUAUGACAAAAUAUUUUGCUCCUUUGGUUAUCAAUGCCCAAGGAACAAUUCUUUUUACAAGUUCUGUUGCAGCAAGAGUUCCUUUGAGUUGGGUGAGUGCAUACAAUGCAACUAAAGCAGCUAUUGAUGCUUAUGCUUUGACUUUGCAUGGUGAAAUGGCCCCAUUUGGUGUAAGGGUACACAGUGUAAUAACAGGUGGUGUGGAUACUGCUAUCUGCGAUGCCAAUAUCAAAACAACAUUGGGUGAUUCGUUUUAUGAUGUUGAUGGUGUUUAUGAAUCAAUCAGAAGUUCAGCAAUGAUGAGUCGUGAUUUAAAUAUAUCACCCCAACAAUAUGCUAAAGAAGUUGUCAAAGAUAUUGUCUCUUGGUGUGAUCCUGGAUUCAAUUUAUACCAUGGAGCCAGAUCUUAUUUCUUGCAUUGGGUUAGUCGUUUCUUGCCCUUAUGGCUUGUUGAGUUUGGUGUUCAAGUUCAUUUCAAACAACGCAGAGUAUUACAAACAAUUGCAAAGUUGAUCAGACUCAAAAAAUCCGAGGAAAAGAAGAAUGUAUAA